AUGUCAAAUACGAGAAUUCAGAGCCAAACAAUGCACGAAAUUUCUUCUGAUAGUUUAAGAAGGACACCAAACGGGUUAUUAUUUACUGAGGAUUUGAAGUGUGUUUACUCGGUCUUCCUAAUAUGUAUGAAUUUAAAGCAAGAUACAUUUCCUCAAAAACCUAGCUUCUUUGCAAUCCACAAACCUCAUCCUUUCUCAUUUUUAGUAUCAGAUGCAUUGGCGAAAAUGCAGAAACUUGAAAUUAGUGCUAGCAAGAAUACAAUUUGCUUAGAUGUGUCAUAUCAUAUCAAAGAAGGCUUAGGACGACGUUUAAUAGCGGCAUUUAUGGAUGCGAAGUUAUUGCACAGCCCGACGGAUAGAACAAGAAGUGAACCCAAAGAGAAAGUUUUGCUCCAACCAACCCCUAAGGGAGUUGCGAUAUUAACUAGAUACGCCAAAGACAUUGGAUUAAAAAAGAUACCUGACAUCAUGUUGUCAUCACUGAAUUCAAUGGAGCUGUUCGCAUUUGAGAGAAGCUCUAUAACAGACUCAUUGAUCCAUAGUGAUAAACUUUUACACAUUUUGCUAGUGAAGUUGCUGGGUAAAGCACCUAACUUUUGGACCCCCAUAAAUGAGAAUGAUCGCCUACCACCACUAUCGAAACUGUUGGAAUGCAAUACAGAUAUAUUUACUUUUGAAAAUAAUAACAGCUACCUGUAUAAGGAAAAAGAUGUGUCCGGUACGCCCGAUAGUCUCGAAACCUCGUGGCUGGACCAGAUAUCAAGUAAAGACUUGAGUGACGAAGAGAGAAUUUCCCCAUUAUCCCACAAAUACUUUACCAAUCCGGAUUCGGAUUCCCAUAUCCAGUACUACGCAUCGGAUACGGGUAUCAGAUUAUUUCGUUCGAAGCAAUUUAUAGAGCCUAAAUUGGUAGCAGAAUAUACAUUUACCUCUAAGGUACUGUGGCAGUGGCUACUUGACUGCACUGAUAUACUAUACCCGAAAGAAGCAAUUGCGUUGGCAGCUUUAUUCUUGAAAGCAGGUCUUAUCAUUCCAAUAUUUGCCAAGCCAUCCUGCAAUAAGAAAGGUAAAUUUGUUGUCAGCAGGUCUGCCUUUUUUAUAUUGUCGAAACUUGGGUGGGAUCUCGUACAGUGGAAUAAUGAUGCUCGGCCGAAGCAAUUAUUGUCAGACGGUUUAGGUAACGACCGACAAUCGAACUCUUCAAAGGAAACUUCGCUGGAAGACUAUUCCUUGGAGUCAGUUGAAAGCGAAAAGCUUGGUGAAAGUUCUGGGGGGCACAAUUCCAAUAAAUCAACAAAUCCCGAAUGCUUGAAGAAGUUUUUGAAGCUGGAUGAAAUACUGGCAGACCCAGGUCUGCGAUAUCUGUUUAGAAAUCAUUUAGAGAAGGAAUUUUGUGCAGAAAACUUGGACGUAUACAUUGAGAUCAAAAAAUUCUUGAAACGAAUGACUGUUUUAAAGAAGUGUCUAGACUCGAAAUCCAUUAAAAAUGUCCCUUCAAAGCGACCAAGCAACUCCAUUGCAGUAACCAUGGAUGCGGCAUUGGGUAAACAGGCCGAUGAGUGUCUUGAAAUGGCCUCACAUAUUUACUCGACAUAUAUCAUGGUUGGCGCACCUUACCAACUUAAUAUCGAACAUGGUUUUCGCGAGAGUAUAACAGAAAUAAUUCUGCAUCCACGUUCCCCUCUAAAGGAGUCAUUGACUGAGCUGAGUCAAAUUAAGCAUGACAGCAACAUGCACCUACUAGUGAGCAUUGAUACUUUGCCCAGCCCCCCGAAAAGGGCGUAUAUUCCUUCAAAAUCGAAUGAUGGAAAUCUUUCGCGUGUCAAAAAACCCAAUUCGCUUAUUCUACAAGAUACCCGUCCCCCAUUUGACAGCAUCACUAUAGGCAAAACAUAUCCUAAACUAGAGGUAUCGAACAUGAACAAUGACAGUGGUGUCCUGUCGACUUUGAAAAAUUUGUACUCGCUCUACGAGAGCGUUGCCAAUCAAAUGUAUCGUUUGAUGCAGACAAACUCCUUACAAAAAUUUAAUAAUUCAUUGCAGUCGGAAAAUUCAUCCUUGUUCACAGUGUUGCCGUAA